AUGGCCAACGUUUCGUUCCGAAGAUACAAGAACACAGACUAUGAUGCUGUUCGACUUCUUUUUGAACAAGGGAUGAAAAGCCAUAUUCCUUCUAUAUGUGUUCACAUCCUGAAGCUUCCCCGGGCCCAGACUAUUCUUGUAUUAGCUUUUAUUAUAGUAUUUACAAUCUCCAAAUCCUACCUCCUGUCUCUUAUGGGUGUAACUACAGUGUUGGCUGCUGGUUGGCUGUUAGUGAACACUAAUUUUAAUUCUUAUGUGGAAAAAUGUCACAAAGACGAUCUGUUGGACAUUGAGAAGUCCUAUAUGGAAAACAAAAAGUCUUGCUUCUGGGUGGCUGAGUCCAAUGGAAGGGUUAUAGGAAUGGUUGGCGUCCAACCAACAGGAGACACGGGGGACAUCAUGGUGCUGAGACGCUUGUCUGUUGCAAAAGACCAACGUGGACAGGGUAUCGCUAAAUCUCUGUGUAAAAUUGUCCUCGACUUUGCUCGAAAGCAUGGAGCCAAAUAUGUCAAUCUGGACACAUCCAUAAUACAGAGACCAGCUCAUAAAUUGUAUGAGUACUUGGGCUUUGAAAAGACAGAAGUCAGGUUGAGUCAAACACUUCCUGGAAGAUUUGCAAAUCUUUAUGUUUUGUAUUUUUCAUACAAUAUAAAAUAG